CUUGCAAGGCAGGCGGCGGCACCACACGGCUAAAUCCCUGGCCCGGCCUACAUACACUUUCAAAAAACUGCAGGGCCUUUCUUUGUCAUUUCACCUGGUGGGAACCCAGAAAUCUUUGGACUUCCAAUUCCAAAACCACUAUUUACAGCCCUACUCCAGCUCCCUGCUGAAAACCUUUUCGCCCAGAGCACACAACCCACUACGUCUACUUAGCCUGCUUGGCACUGGGCCGUAGAGAGACAGUUGCUAUAUGAAUGAGUAAACUAUGGAAUUCUGCCCAAAGCGCUGUUAUCACCCAAGAGAGCAACCUGCGGCGAGAACAGGAACACGCCGAGGAUAGGAAACCAGGAGCAGAGGUUUGCCGCAAGCUGUGUGGAAAGGACCAUCCAUCAGUGGCGGCUUCAGUACGGGCGCUCUGGAAUCCAGGAGGACUGGGAUCUCUGUGGUUGGACCAGACUGGUCACUCUCUACUGAGGAUGACGCACUCUCAGAAUUCCCAGGACAGAGAAAGUGGGAAGCACAAUCUCCCGGACGAUGACUGAUAAAAUAAGGAGGAAUCAAAAGAAGGGGGAUUUCGGGAGCUGGCUGCCGAGAUAACACUCCUGGGCAUUUCUGCCCAACAGAAACACAGGCUAGUCCCUGAGCUCAAGGCGAUUGGCCUGGGGAAAUAGAGCUGAUAGGCGGGAGCGCGUGCGCAUACGUGCAGGGGCGUUGCUCUCUAGUCACCCGGCUCCCCAAGCUGCCGGCGCGCAUGCGUCGGAGGACAGAGCCAGGCGAGAAGUACCUCUGCGAAGCUUUAAGCACCCUUUGGGCGGCUCCCACCGGCGAGCGGGACAGCGGCGGGCGCGCGCGGACACCAUGGCCGAGCCUUUAAAGGAGGAAGAUGGCGAGGACGGCUCUGGGGAGCCCCCCGGCUCGGUGAAGGCAGAACCCGCCCACACCACUGCCUCUGUCGCUGCCAAGAAUCUGGCCCUUCUCAAAGCCCGCUCCUUUGAUGUGACCUUUGACGUGGGGGACGAGUACGAGAUCAUUGAGACCAUAGGCAAUGGGGCCUAUGGGGUGGUGUCCUCUGCGCGCCGCCGCCUCACGGGCCAGCAGGUGGCCAUCAAGAAGAUCCCAAAUGCUUUUGAUGUGGUGACCAAUGCCAAACGGACUCUCAGGGAGCUGAAGAUCCUCAAACACUUCAAGCAUGACAAUAUCAUUGCCAUCAAGGACAUCCUGAGGCCUACUGUGCCCUAUGGAGAGUUCAAAUCUGUCUAUGUGGUCUUGGACCUGAUGGAGAGCGACCUACACCAGAUCAUCCACUCCUCACAGCCGCUCACACUGGAGCAUGUGCGUUACUUCCUGUAUCAGCUGCUGCGGGGCCUCAAGUACAUGCACUCAGCUCAGGUCAUCCACCGUGACCUCAAGCCCUCCAACCUGUUGGUGAAUGAGAACUGUGAGCUCAAGAUUGGUGACUUUGGUAUGGCCCGUGGCCUGUGUACCUCCCCAGCUGAGCACCAGUACUUCAUGACUGAGUAUGUGGCUACUCGCUGGUACCGUGCCCCAGAGCUUAUGCUCUCCUUGCAUGAGUACACCCAGGCUAUUGACCUCUGGUCUGUGGGUUGCAUCUUUGGUGAAAUGUUGGCCCGGCGCCAGCUCUUCCCAGGCAAAAACUAUGUGCAUCAAUUACAAUUGAUCAUGAUGGUGCUGGGUACCCCGUCACCAGCUGUGAUUCAGGCUGUAGGGGCUGAAAGAGUGCGGGCCUAUAUCCAGAGCCUCCCGCCACGCCAGCCUGUUCCCUGGGAGACAGUCUACCCAGGUGCUGACCACCAGGCCCUCUCACUACUGGGCCGCAUGCUGUGUUUUGAACCCAGUGCCCGCAUCUCAGCAGCUGCUGCCCUUCGUCACCCUUUCCUGGCCAAGUAUCAUGACCCUGAUGAUGAACCUGAUUGUGCCCCACCCUUUGACUUUGCCUUUGACCGUGAAGCCCUUACCCGAGAGCGCAUUAAGGAAGCCAUUGUGGCUGAGAUUGAGGACUUCCACGCACGACGUGAGGGUAUUCGCCAACAGAUCCGCUUCCAGCCUUCCCUGCAGCCUGUGGCUAGUGAGCCUGGCUGUCCAGAUGUUGAGAUGCCCAGUCCCUGGGCUCCCAGUGCGGACUGUGCCAUGGAGUCGCCCCCCCCAGCCCCCCCACCGUGUGCAGGUCCUACACCUGAUCCCAUUGAUCUGACUCUUCAGCCACCUCCACCAGCCAGUGAGCCUGCCCAACCAAAGAGAGAGGGUGCCAUCUCAGACAACACCAAGGCAGCUCUGAAAGCCACCUUACUCAAGUCCUUGCGCAGCCGACUCAGAGAUGGCCCCAGUGUACCUCUGGAGGCUCCUGAGCCUCGGAAACCUGUGACAGCCCAGGAUCGCCAACGAGAGCGGGAGGAAAAGCGCCGGAGGCGCCAAGAGCGAGCCAAGGAGCGAGAGAAGCGGCGACAGGAGCGGGAACGCAAGGAGCGGGGGGCUGGGACCUUGGGGGGCCCCUCCACUGAUCCCCUGGCUGGACUGGUGCUUAGUGACAAUGAUCGAAGCCUGCUGGAGCGCUGGACUCGCAUGGCCCGGCCCUCCAUCCCACCUCCAGCUCCAGCCCUAGCCCCAGCACCAACUCCAUCCCCAGCCCAGCCCACCAGUCCUCCCCCUGGUCCCCCACCACAACUUGCAAACUCCACCCCUACUCCUGCACCCCAGCCUGCUUGUCCAACCCCUGCUCCCCACCCUGCUGGCCCUCCUGGACCCAUCUCUGUCCCUGCAUCACUCCAGACUGCCACCUCUACUAGCCUUCUGGCCCCCAAGUCACUUGUGCCAGCCUCUGGGUUGCCUGGCCCCAGCACCGCAGUUCUGCCUUACUUCCCAUCUGGUCCACCCCCUCCAGACCCUGGGGGGCCCCCUCAGCCUUCCACAUCAGAGUCACCCGAUGUCAACUUGGUGACCCAGCAGUUGUCUAAGUCACAGGUGGAAGAUCCCCUUCCCCCUGUGUUCUCAGGCACACCAAAGGGCAGUGGGGCUGGCUAUGGUGUUGGCUUUGACCUGGAGGAAUUCUUAAACCAGUCUUUCGACAUGGGUGUGGCUGACGGGCCACAGGAUGGCCAGGCAGACUCGGCCUCACUCUCAGCCUCCCUACUUGCUGACUGGCUUGAGGGCCAUGGCAUGAACCCUGCCGACAUUGAGUCUCUGCAGCGUGAGAUCCAGAUGGAUUCCCCGAUGCUGCUGUCUGACCUGCCUGACCUCCAGGAGCCCUAAGGCCCGCAGCCAGUGCCUUGCUUCCAGGGCAGACCCAGUUCCAAGGUCCAUGGGAGCAUUCCUGGGGUCUGGCUCCUGGGCCCAACAGGUGAGGCUCAGCUUGGAUUAUUCUGCAGGUUCAUCUCAGACCCACCCUUCAGCCUUAAGCAGCCACCUGAGCCACUGCCGAGCCAUGACAGGAUUGGGAGACCCUGACUCCCUCUGAAUAAUCCUUUUCAGUAUUGUAUUUUUAUUAUUAUUAUAAUAUUAUGCAGUCUUUUUGCCAUCAAAAUGAAGCCUGUGAAAUACAAGGUUCCCUUUAAUGCCUAA